AUGGGGUUCUUCGCUCAGACAUGGACCUUGACGAAAAAGAAUCUCUUGAUUGUACUGGGUCGCCACUGGUUCACUACGACUGUCCGCGCAUUUCUGGCACCGAUCAUCUUCUUCUUCAUCAUUUCAUAUUGUAAAAACUUCUUCGUACCGCCCUCAGAUUUCGGAGUUGGUUCUCCAUCUACCCUUCGGACAUUCGAAGAAGCUCUCAAUGCAGGAACAAGUGGACGCAGCACUGUGGCAUUUGUUGCAAACGGUCAGGCCUCUGAGGUUACAAACAUAAUCGACCAAUUGUCAAACACCGUCAGAGCGAGCGGCAAAACUCCUGUAACAUUGUCCAGCGAAGUCGAGCUUCUGCAAACAUGCAAAAGUUCUGUUCGCGGAGUUUCUGGUUGCUUUGCCGCAGUGAGCUUCCAUGGAUCUCCUAGCAAUGGUGGUGUGUGGAACUACACAAUCCGGACCGAUGGCUCCCUUGGUGGAAGAAUCUUUGUGAAUACCGUAAACAACGAUGCAGAGAUCUAUGCUCUGCCACUUCAACAUGCAAUCGAUGCAGCUAUCGCCUCCUCGGAUGGCUCUUCGAUCCCUCUACCUCAGCAAUACCCUUAUACUGAUUCUACUCCUGAGGAGCGGGAGAGAAACAUCACACGACUGUACAUGGGGACGCUAAUCAGCAUUCUCGGUCUCGCGUACUUCAUCGGCUUUGUCGGUAUUUGCUACCAACUCACUGGUCAAAUGGCGACGGAGCGCGAGAUUGGCAUGUCUCAGCUCAUUGAAGCAAUGAUGCCGAAUCAACGAAGAUGGCAGCCACAAGCUGCUCGUCUACUCUCUAGCCAUCUUGCUUUCGACAUUCUCUAUCUCCCAGGCUGGGUCAUAUCCGGUGCAAUUGUCACUCGACUGAACUAUCCAUCUUCCGAAACUGGAAUUCUCAUUGGCUAUUUCAUCUUGGCAGGACUUGCUUUGAGCUCCUGGUCCAUCGCUUUCGCUAGUUUAUUCCGAAAGGCCCAACUUUCUGGUAUCACCGUCACGAUCGUGAGCAUAGUGCUGGCUAUCAUUGUGCAGGUUCAGACACCCAAGCAGACAGGUGCGAUCGUCAUCUUGGCUCUGUUGUUCCCACCCAUGAACUUUACGCUAUUCAUUAUCUACAUGGCCUACUGGCAAAGAGAUAAUCUGGCUGCCGUACUCUCUGAACCACCUCCUGGAGCCCCAUGGAGAGUGUCAGGCUCAGUGUUCUUUGUGUUGUGUGUCAUACAGAUCCUAAUUUACCCUUUAAUUGGAGCCUUCAUCGAGAGAGCUUUGUACGGUACCGCAUCAAAAGCCAGGAACAUGCAUCACAGUGCGGAGAAAGAAACUGCUCGCAUUACUAGUCUUACAAAGCAGUACGAGCCUAGCUGGCUUUACAGGAACAUCUGGUCAAAACUCAGCAAAAGCAAGAGGGAGACUGUGCAUGCCGUCAACGACGUCAGCUUCACUAUUCGUGCUGGCGAAAUUCAUGUUCUUCUGGGAGCAAACGGUGCAGGCAAAAGCACGAUGAUGGAUCUUAUCGCAGGACUACAGUCACCCACAAGCGGAACCAUUGAUAUCAAUGGAUCUGGGGGUGUCGGCAUCUGCCCACAGAAGAAUGUGCUCUGGGACAAGCUUACAUGUGAAGAACAUGUCUACUACUUUAACCAACUUAAGGCACAAGGACAGAAAGGAAAGAGCAACGACCACAAAGAUUUGCUCUCCAAAUGCGAUCUUGCUCACAAGAUCUCCGCUCGCUCCGAGACCUUGUCAGGCGGGCAGAAGAGAAAGCUGCAAUUAGCAAUGAUGCUCACGGGUGGUAGCAAUCUUUGUUUGGUCGAUGAAGUGAGUUCAGGUAUUGAUCCUCUAUCACGACGCAAGGUUUGGGAUAUCCUUCUCGCCGAGCGAGGUCACAGAGCCAUGCUUUUCACGACACAUUUCCUCGAUGAGGGGGAUUUACUUUCGGACCACAUCACUAUCUUGUCUAAAGGUACCCUCGCUGCGACUGGCACAGCUGUUGCUCUGAAACACGAACUUGGUGGUGGAUACCGUGUCAAGAUUUACACUGAACAUCAGUUCAAAGAGCCCCAGGACUGGUCUUCAAUACCUCGCCGCAAUCAUGCCGAUCACGUUGUGUACAAUCUACCCGAUUCUAGCGCUGCUGCCAUAUUUGUCACUCGUCUUGAACAACUUGGCGUUACUGACUACCGUGUCAGCGGACCGAGUAUCGAAGACGUCUUCCUCAAAUUGUCUGCAGAGUUCAACAAUGAUCACACGCUUCACGACGAUGCCACGCCGCUAACUAACGUAUCCUCUCUCCAGUCGGAAAAGGGUCUUGAAUUGGCCAAGGGCAGAAGAAUUUCGCUCGGCGCACAGACUUGGGUUCUGUUCCGGAAGCGUGCUACUAUCCUGCGCCGCAACUAUCUGCCUUACAUGGCUGCUGUUCUGAUCCCGAUUAUCGCUGGAGGACUUGUUACUCUAUUUCUGAAGGGGUUCAGGCCACUCAGCUGCUCGCCAGAGGAAUCCAGCUCGACUGAGGAUAUACUUUCUUUUGCAAGUCUUGACGACGUUCUGGACUUCCCCGCUGGUCCAGCCUCUCAGGUUCCUACAACGCUUCUCAACUCUUUAUACCCUGGGCUCGGCAGCGCUGUUGCGCCGGUUGCGAGUGUUGACGCAUUCAUCGACUACGUCCAAGCCAAUUACAGCCGCGUAUUUCCCGGAGGCUAUUUCCUCGACGCUCAAGGCGGCGCUCCUCUAUUCGCUUGGAGGGGCAACUAUGAGCUCAGCUACGCAAUCUUGACUCAGAACAUUCUGGAUAGUAGCUUGCUUGGAUCACCGAUUAUCACAGCCUAUCAAGCCUUCCAGGUACCAUGGGCUCCAUCAGCUGGAGAUACACUUCAGUUCAUCCUCUACUUUGGUCUAGCGAUGUCCGCUUACCCUGGCUUCUUCGCUCUCUAUCCGACCAGUGAGCGGGUUGCCAAAGUACGAGCACUGCACUACUCAAAUGGUAUCAGAGCCUUUCCUCUCUGGCUCGCAUACACCAUUUUCGACUUUAUAUUCGUGAUGAUUGUCAGCAUUGUCGCUAUUGUCAUCUUUGUUGGUGUCUCUAGUGCCCUCUACGCCCCAGGAACACUAUUUGUCGUAUUCUUCUUGUACGGCCUGGCAGCUCUGCUCUGCAGCUAUGUCAUCUCUCUGUUCGUCACCAGUCAGCUGGCCUCGUUUGCCUUCGCUGCAGGCAUGCAGUGUUGUUUCUUCUUGAUCUAUUUCCUCGCCUACAUGGCCACCAUCACGUUUGCCCCGACUGAAAAGAUUGAUUCCUAUGUCAACAUCAUCUCUUUCACGCUCAAUCUUAUAACACCUUCAGGGAAUUUGUUGCGCUCCCUGUUGCUAACCUUCAACGAGUUUUCAAUUUUGUGUCGUGGAAACGAGCGCGCUAGCUACCCCGGCGGGAUCACCGUCUAUGGAGGUCCAAUCCUCUACCUGACAGUCCAGUCUCUUCUCCUUCUUGGAUUCCUCGUCUACUACGAUAGUGGAUACAGACCCGCGUUCCUUAGCAGAAAGGUACNNAACCGCUCCCAAGACGCAGAAGAGAGCGAAUAUGCCGAUGAGGACGUGUACCGCGAGGCGGUUCGUGUCAAUGACUGCAAGGACGAAUUGCGCGUGUGUAACAUCAGCAAAUCGUACGGCAGUAAUCUUGCUGUCGAUCGAGUGGCCUUUGGUGUGCCGCGUGGUGAAAUCUUUGCACUGCUCGGCCCUAACGGCGCUGGAAAGAGUACGACUAUAUCAACGAUUCGAGGCGAUGUCCACCCUAGUGGUGGAGACGUCCUUCUGGAGAAUGAAUCUAUCGUGAAACACCGUGCUGCUGCUCGUUUGCAUCAGGGUGUAUGUCCGCAAUUUGACGCCAUGGACUCUUUGACUGCGUCCGAGCAUCUAUACUUCUACGCCAGAGCUCGUGGCGUUGCGGAUGUUGAGCACAACGUGGAACAGGUCAUGAACGCUGUCGGUCUUAGCGCCUUCCGCAGUCGUAUGGCUUCCAAACUCUCUGGUGGCAAUAAACGAAAGCUCUCCCUCGGAAUCGCAUUGAUAGGCAACCCUUCGGUACUUCUCGUCGACGAAGGUAGCUCUGGUAUGGACGCUGGUGCAAAGAGAAUCAUGUGGCGUACUCUGUCCGCGGUCAGCUCUGGCCGCAGCUUGGUAUUGACCACCCACAGUCUGGAAGAGGCAGAUGCGCUAGGUGAUCGCGUCGGCAUCAUGGCCAGGCGAAUGCUCGCUGUAGGCACUAGCGACUACCUACGUCGCAAGCACGGUGAUUCCUACUACGUUCACCUCGUCCACAAAGACGCGCCGCACACGACUGAUGCCAAGCUCGUCGAGAUCAAAGACUGGAUCAGCAGCAACUUCCCUACAGCAAGCAUCGAGGAUCGCUCAUUCCAUGGUCAAAUUCGCUUCGAAGUGCCGAAUCGACCGGCUUCCGAUAUGGACGACUCCAGUGGCUCCAUCGAUGACAAGAAAGGGGCUAGAACGACAAUCGCACAAACUGACGGCCGCAAUGGUACAAGUAUCAGUGCGCUCUUUGAGAAGCUGGAGGCAAGUAAAGAGGAGCUUGGCAUGGAGUUCUAUGCUGUUUCACAAGCCACUCUCGAUCAGGUUUUCUUGAACAUCGUGGGGAAGCACAAUGUUCAGGAAGAGGAUUAUCAGAAGGCCAGGAUGGCAACAGGUGUUUGGGGAAAGACCAAGGCCUGGCUGCGAAAGACGGCACAUGAUGCUUAG